AUGGGGCUCAGAUUUUGUACUCACGGCAAUUUAAUUGUACUUGUAAUUGAAGAUGUUGAAGAAAGAACCGAAUGGAAGAAGACAGAGAAGCAGAAACUCAAGAAAACUUUUAAAAAACAAACAAAAGCAGCUACAGAGAUCCAGGCCUGGUGGCGUGGCACCCUGGUACGCCGGACAUUGCUGCACGAAGCCCUCAGGGCCUGUAUCAUUCAGCGCUGGUGGAGGCUGACCUUGGAUAGCCUGCUGCAGGAGAAGCGAAGGCAAGCCCUGGUCACCUAUGCAAAUACAGUGAGGGCCGUGGUCAAGAUCCAGUCCUUGGUCCGUAUGUGGCGUAUCCACUGGCGAUACCGUCAGGUGCUCAAUGCCAUCUAUGUCAUUCAGUGCCACUGGCAAUGCCACAACUGCCAUACCUGUGCUCUCCUCCGGGGCCACUGUGUAGUCACAGCCACUCACCUACAGUUCCACAUUGAGAUCAUCAACCCCUAA